AAAAUUAUCUUACGGUCACCCUCGUUCAAUUCGCCAGUUAAACUUAUAGUUUGUUAACAAAGCUAAAGCAUGUCGGAAAUAAUACACCUGGACAAUUCGGACAGCAGUUUUAUUACUGCCAAUGUAUCAAACUCUCACAAUGAUGUUGUUGCUUUUGAGAUGAAGUUUGCCAAAGAUAUCACCGUCGCUCAGCUUAAGAGUAAAUUGGAAAUAUUGACGGGAGGAUGUGCUGGCACAAUGAAAGUCGAGUUGUACAAAGGCGACAACCACGUGACGUCAUUGACCAACAACGAUGCCAAACUGGGCUUUUAUAUCAAUUGCGAUGGCUUGCGUCUGCAUGUUGUCGAUACAUUCGCCAGUUUCGGCUACAAUGACAAUGAAACUGUUGAGAAAUUUGAGCUAACACAGGAUCAGUAUGAACAAAGAACCAAUUCUGUGCGUAAUUUCUUAAAACAAAAUCGCUUGGGGAAGUAUAAUGAGGAGGAGAUGCGUCAAAUGGAAGAGAAGCGCCGCGAACAGGCCGAAGAAGUCCAAAAGCGAGCUGAGCUUUGCAUCGCGGGUAGCAGAUGUCAGGUGACUGUUCCAGGAAACCCAACACGUCGUGGCACAAUCAAGUACAAUGGCGAGUUGGAGGGCAAGACUGGCAUAUUCAUUGGUGUGCAGUAUGACGAGCCAUUGGGCAAGAAUAACGGCAGUGUGGGAGGCAAGGCUUACUUUGUGUGUCCUCCCAAUUACGGUGGCUUUGUCUCGCCAUUGUCUGUCGAAGUGGGCGAUUUUCCACCCGAGGAGUUCAAUCUUGACGAUGAGCUCUAAAUGGCAUUCCCCGACAUUGCCUUCAAUUAAUUCCGCACUUUUAUACUGAUUUAAAAGAAAACUCAUUUUUGCGCGUGCACUUGUGCAUAUCAAAUUAAUUAAGAAAUAAUCUUUGUGAUCAUUUGAAUAAUUAUACACAUGCCGCAUAUUGGGAGUACAAGCAAAGCCAGUGAUACAGCAGUAUAUUGAGAAAAUACGAUUUUAUGUUUAAUAUUUUAGCAAACAGCUUGGCAGACACUGCAAAUAAAUACUCCACUUUAUCAAACACAA